GUGGCUAAAGGAGGCUACGGAGGAACGUCAACAAAACAAUGGCAUGCCACGGUGCGACAGGGAUUUUCCACGGCUCCCUGGGUAGGAAGAGGAUGGGCUUCCUAGUACUGAUGUUCCUGGUGCUGUUUUCAAUGAUGGCGUUUCAUGUGCAACGGCAGUGGAUGUUUGUACGCGACACCACUCUACUGGAAACCCUGGAGUGUUACAGAUUACAGAGUGGAGCUAAGAAGAACAACUGCAGUUCACUAACUGAUACCAGGAGCUGGACACGAAAUGAGACUGUCAUCAAAGACAUACAGGAGAAGGUAAAGCAGUUCUUUGACCCCAGAAGCAACAUCUCCCUCCUCCAGUCCCAGGUGAAGCCAGGCGAUCGCAUCUGGUUCCUAGAAAGCCAUCUGUUCUGGCACCCGUCGGUGACGGUGUCCCAGAACUUCCACAACAUGCUGCCCUCCAGGCCACCACUGGAGAAUAAACACUUCCGCAAGUGCGCAGUGGUGGGGAACUCAGGAAUUCUCUUCAACUCCGGGUGCGGUAAGGAGAUCGACACUCAUGACUUUGUGUUCCGGUGCAACCUACCCGAGCUGGAAGGCCACGAGAGGGACGUGGGCACCAAGUCCAACUUCACCACCAUGAACCCCUCCGUGAUGUUUACUUAUUACAAGGAUUUUGCAGAGCCGAAGCUUAAGGAACGCUUUAUCAAGAGACUCCGUCGUUUAGAAGGGGGAAUUUUGUUCAUACCUGCUUUUGUUGCAAAGUCGGAAAAACACCAUGUGCAGUGGACAAACGACAUAAUCUUAAAACACAAUAUCAACGUGCGUACAGCAUACCCAAGUCCAGACAUGGAGAAAUGGAUUAGAAGGUACUGGAAGUCUACAGAAUACAGAGUUGCCCGCCCUUCCUCUGGAAUGUGGAUGUACACGUUUGCUGCCAGUCUAUGUGACGAGGUUCACCUCUACGGCAUGUACCCUUUUGAUAUUGACAGGUAUGGUCGCAAUAUUAAAUACCACUAUUAUGAUCCGCGCCCAUUCGCCACGAUGUACGGUGGUCACGACAUGCCGAUCGAGUUCCAGGUGUUCAAGAGUCUGCACGAGAAGGGGGCGCUGCGUCUCCAGACGGACAAGUGCCAAGCAUCACGAUAACAUCCAGUCUUCCCUGGUCCUGGUAACAAUACAUAAUCUUCAAGCAGAUGUAGAGUAUGGCUCAGUGUUUUACACAUGCGUAGGGAGAUUUCCAUACAAAAUGCAGACUACUACAAAAAUGUAUCAAAAGCCUCUCAGUCAGAAGGAUAGUUACGUAAAACACUGAGCCCAAGUUUAUGUCUACUUUGAGAUUAGCGAUACCUAGUCCGCAUGUAGCACCACUGAAGUUAGUGUGCAUACAACCAUUAGUGAUCUCUUUUGGGGGAAUCAUUCAGAUAUGAUCACUUAUUUACUGGUGUUGAUGUUGAGAAGUCAGGACUCGAAAUACCCUCCUACAUUUUGCCCAAAAAAUUUUGAUUGGAAAUAAAGAUGUAGACAACUUGUGAUUUUGUAGGGUACAAAAUUUGUUUCUUUAUUUCUAAUGUGUUGAAGUUCUUUGUAUAAGGGUAGGCGAGAUUGGUGCUUAAGUGCCCUUGCAUACAAAACUUAAGACUUGGUAUAAUUGUGAAUUUAAGCCAGUUCAUUGCAAACAUGCACAUACUGUAGUAGACAUAACCAAUUUUGCAGAUUUUGAAAAUUACUCCCAAGUUAACUUUCCAAAAAUAUUGCAAUACUGCAGGAAAAAGGCUUUCGAGUCCUGUAAGUAUACAAAACUGGCUGAAUCUGGGUAUGGCUACUCUGUUCCUUGGUUUUCCUGGGUCACACAAGGUAUCUCCAGUUUAAUUCUGAAGUUGCAGUUUUAAUCUGGCGUGACCUGGAAUUCUGAAAGAGACUUUACAGAGUUAAAGAAAAAGGACAAGACAAAUUAUCAACGAGUGUGCAUUCCAAGUUCAGUAUGUUAGGUGUUUCAGCAAUAAUGCAAAUUGAAACAUUGUCCAGCUGUUCUGUGAGCCAAGUUGUCUUGUGCUAUGAACAAACAGUAGUUUAAUAAUAUGGAAACAGUUACCAGUACCCAGUAUUAUAAAUUGUACUGUCAUGGUGCAACAUAGUAUUGUAAAAUAUAGAGCUGUGUUUUGUAUCAAUGCCGUAUGUAUACGAUAAAGAACUUGUGCUUAAAAAGACUUGUGCAAUUAAUUUGUAGACUGAGGCAGAAAGGCUGUGGAAUUAGACACAUUGUGGUUCUAGAGUUGUAGUGGACUUGUUGUAGUUGCUGUUUUGGAGAGAGUUUUCAAGCUGACUUUAAGGGUACUGUAGACUUGUUUGUAGUGUGGAGGGAGCAUGGUAGGUUUGGAAUAAUCUUGAGAUCAGGUUCAGAAAACAGUUUAUGUUUAAGCUAACAUAUUUUGUAAUUUAACCUUCAUCCUGCUAAGGUAGCCAUUUGGCUCCAAAUUUGUAAUGCUUAAAUGGUUACUAUAUAUACUAGGCAGCAGGGAGAAGGUUACUUGAACAAACAGGUAAUAAACCAAAAAACUAAGUCAGUCCCUCUCCCCAAGCAGAUUUCCAUGAAAGACCUGACAUGUACUAGUACACUACUGUAAAACAACAGUUGUUUGAAGUGCUUGGGACCAAUUUACAAUGUUGGAUGAAAAAAAAAAUCUUUUUCAUGUCAAGUGGUUUCCAAUAUUAGCAUGACAAAUAACUCUUGUUCGGCAACAUGAUAAACCAGUUUUUACAAAAUGUUUGAUACUACAUGUGUGAAUGUAUAAUUCAAUUUGGUGUUUGUUGCAGAUACUGUGCAGCUAUCUAGGAUAUUGGGAUGCCAAAAUGUCUUGUCAGAUGUUUUCUUCUAAUCUAGUUUGUUUAUUAUAAUUCAGCCACCAAAUUUCAACAUGAACUGCUAAAAUGUUGCUUUUAUAAAGAUGAAGUAGAUGCCAUAUCUUACCAUGUUUUAUAUUGUGUUAGAGUUAUGUUUUUCACAAGAGACAUAUUUAUUUUCUCCAUUGUAAAUUAGCCCUAUAUUUAUAUUAUGUUGUGCAUACACAAAAAAAUAUUUUAUCCAAUUCAUCUUAACUUCUGUAGGGAGUUGAGCUAUGUUUACUGUGUUUUUCAGGGACAUUUUUGAGGUAGCUUGGAUUGACAAAUUUAAGUGACAGCAUUUUGUCUUGCAAAUUGAACUAGAUUUCCAGUGAAGCUUUUUCUGUUGCAGGGUGAACAAGGGUCUAGUUCUUUUUAGGAUCUUUUUGGUCCCUUGGAUGGACAACUCAAGUUAGCACUUUUUACAGAUGUGCUAAGCUUUUCAGGCAGUGAACUUGUUAUUACAACUAGUCAGCUGCUGAUUAAAGAAACAUGAAUUUUUAUUUCAAAUUGAUGUUUUGAACAUACAGUACUUUGCAACAAUCUAACCAAGAGUUGCAAAAGGUAGCAAAAAUAUUCAAUCUUCAGUUAAUACCAAUGUUUUUUUUAUUUGGUGGGCCAGAUUAAAACCUCAGUAUCAUUAGUCACUUCCAACCUCGGAAAUGGCCCAAGCUGCUAUGUGGAGCCAUCUUGCAAUUUUAUCUAGAACUGCAGCUUGCAGCAACUACUGCUGUUGCUUGCUUGUUUCCUAGCCAGUAUGCAAAAUAAUGUUUAAUCUCUUUGUGUGUUCAAUCAAUAGAUGACAGUGUAUAUACAUGUGCAUCUGUUGGGUACAACAUGGUAUAUUGAUAUCAGAAACAAACAUUGUUUAAAAACAACUUUGAGUUCUGUGGAAGAGCUUUUUUUAGGUACAAACAAGUUUUAAAGUGAUGUUUUGUACUACUAUAUCAUGUUCAGGUUCUACAUAGGACCCAGCUCUUUGUUGUCAGUCUGUUAUGUUUUAAGUUAACAUUGGUUAGUGUUUUAUAAGUUAACUGAUAACCCUUAAGUGUAAAACGUCUAUUGACUAGUUUCAUUUACCUGUUAACUAACCUACAGGUUAUUGCUACAAUGAGACAGAAGGAGAGCACAACCAUGUCCUGCCAUUGAAGCAUUAGUAGUGUUAUCAUUGUAAUGACUACAGGGUCCCUUAUAUGGACACCCUCUGGAGGAAGCUAGCCUAGCUGUCAAAUUGCAUGUAAUUAUGCAAAAUAUAUUCCGCAAUUAUAACAAAAACUUAGCACUAUACACACAACUGUAAAAAGACAAUUUAUAGUAAUACAUACAGUCUUCAUGCCCAGUCUUGCUACUUUGUCUAAAAUGACAAGGUGUACAAAUCUUAAUUACCUUACCGCAAUGGGUUAAAUCAAGGGAGUAAAAGCCAUACUUCCAUAGAGCUUUUGCUCAUGUCAAUGUUGUCAUAAACAACUUUUAUACCGUCUAAGAAAAAUAAUUUGUUGGAUAUAUUUCAUCCAUUUUUUCAGUCUUUUGAAUGAAAUUUCCUGUCAAACAUGUAAAUGUACAAGGUUAUGGCAGCUUUAUAAAAAAAGUUAUUUCGAUAUGUAGUAACAAAUUAUAGUAAUGUGAUGUACAUUGAAUUUUGUGAAGUAUUUGUAGUCACCAAGGGGGCGGUGGGAAAAUAUCUCAAGCACCAACCAGAGCAUCAUUGAUACUUUGUUAUGUUGGCUGUGAAUGGUUGUUUGGAUGUAAUUCUAACCAAUUAGCAACACUUUAUCUGAUCAAGUCUGCAUCAUGCUUUACGCUUGAACAGUCUGAAGCAUGUAGUAAGUCAUUGUAGGCUAAGGGCAAUGCACAUGAUCACUUUAUUUUGAAUCUUCAAGCUGAUGUAGGGUUUGACUCAGUGUUUAAUGCAUGUUUUUAGGCACUUAACAGAUAUUUAUAGUGGUCUGUGCUUUUUAUUUCUUUGCCUCCCUUACUAUGCGCAAAAAUAUAAAAACACAAAGAAAUGUAGAAAUGCCUAGAAAACAUGCCUGAAACACUGAGCUGAAUUCUACAGCUACUUCAAGAUUACCUUUAGCAAUUUGUAUCUGCUGUUUGUUUCUAAGUUUACCUGCACUGCCUUGUUACUUCCAAAGUGCCACUGUGUAUAAAUGCAAUAUAAAUGUAUCAGGAAUUAAGCUCUCGUUGCAUUGCUAGGCAAGGUUUUGAUUUUAUUAAAUGUCUAGCGAAAUUAUUUGUAACAACACAUUUUUAUGAUUGCAGCAAAGCAUAGUUUUUAGUGAUUUACUAGAUUUAUAGGAUUUUAGUCACUAAUUGUGAUUUUUUUCUAACAAAUUUGUGAAUAAUUGUACAGAAUUUGCAUGCAAUUGGAGAUAACAAAUAAUAUCCCAUGCACAAGACUGGCCAAAGGUGUUUGUGAGUGUGAUACUCAGUGGUGUAAUUAUUCACAUUAAGUAGACACUCGAUCAAUUUGAGAUAUUCUAACUUUUGAUGCAUGAGUUAAAAAGUUCACUCAGUGGUAUCUCAUAUAUGCCAUCAAGUAAGUACUUUCAGUGCCAGUAUAAUAACUAAAUGCUACUGCUACUACAUAAUGUCUAUGUGCAAUGUUAAACUUUGUCAGUUCAAUGUUGGUUAUCUUGUGCCAAGGAAUUAAAAAGAAAAGUUGUGGAAGGUUUA